AUGUCACAGAGAUCACCACCGACCAUCAGCUCCUACGCCACGAGUGCGCCCAACUCAUCUGGAUCAGAGGCCGACGCUCUAUCCCAGGGCUCUGAUGUAGGCGACAGAAAAGUACGAAGGAGGGAAAAAAACAGAGUGGCCGCCCAGAGAAGUCGCCGGAAACAGACGCAAAAAGCAGACAAGUUACACGAGGAAUAUGAAUGUCUGGAACAGGAGAAUUCCUCCCUUAAGAAGGAGAUUGGAAAACUCACGGAUGAACUGAAGCACUUGAGUCAAGUGUUGAAGGACCAUGAACAGCUAUGUCCAUACUUACGCUGCCCAGUGAGCUUUGUGACUGUGCCCAGAGUGGCAGAUGGCCUGUCUGGCUGCUUGCCCCGGUGACCACUACUGAUUAUAAAUUAACCGAGAUUAUAC